UCUUCGUAAUAUGAUGAGUAAUGCCAGUUACAGUUUUCAACCACCUGGGAUCUGCUACAGAUUUUGUGAGGAUGAGCAGCACAUGUGUAGAUGUCAGGAGAUAGACUGCAACCCCUUCUGGGAGGUUAACAGGUUCAUCAGGGCAUGGAGUAAUAAAAAGAUGUAUCCUGAGAUGCUUAAAUAGAUGCCCAACAUUAUGUUUUCCUGAUUUUUCUGAGCCAGAAUGAAUCUUUUUUGUUGGAAAUGUCUCGUUUAGAGGUCAGGAGUUCAUUAAAAGUAACCAUCUCCAGUUGGAUUCUUAAAAUUUGAUCAAUACAGGAAAAAAUUAGGCGAACCCCCUUUCUCCCCUCCUCCAAACUGACUGUCUUUGUAAGCAGCAGCAGGCAACGCUGAGCGUGCAUCACUGGAGAUGCAAAAGUGCGCUGGAGCCGAGCUGAGAGAUCGAAGAGAAAAGGAAAGCAGCUAAAAGAGCAUCUGGUGGAGCAUCUCCGUGUCGCAGAACAAUGAGAGGCCAGUCGAUUUUUAACUAAAAGGAAAAGGGAGACGCUGCCCAAAGAGGAGCUUUGACGAUCAGCGUCGAUGCGCGCAAACCUCCAAAAAUGACGACAGUGGGACGUUGAUUUUCUCCCUCCAGCUCGACGAUUUUAUGUUCCAUAUGCUGGGAGUUUGCCUCCCGUUGGUUCCGAUCAGAGGACGGAGAACAGACUCAUCUCCGAGACGAUCUCCAUUGCGCACAGAGAGGUUUCAUCGUUGAAGCUUCCCGUCGAAUACUUACGCAGAGAUUUUUGGUGCGUUUUGCCGCGGCGCAGAGGGACUUUCAACUUUCCGAUGACAACUUAUUGUGUGAGUACAGUUCCGAACAGCUCGGUGAAGCCCCAGCCUUCACGGGAGAUGAGUAAUUCACGACGCAGCGACUGAUAAACCCGUAAGAACCUGCGGCUGGCGCGUUUGGACACCUCAUCCUUAGCGUCGCCUGUUAUUUUUAUUUUUAUUUUUAAUUUAAUUCGUUAUUUUAUUUUUUCUAAUGGCUGCUGUCUUUGGGCUUUAUGGAUAACUCGUACAUUAUAUUUUUCAUGGCUGUAGAGCGCAGCAACAGCAGUGCGUGGCAAAAGAGGACAGCGCAAGUCUAAUUGGGACGGACACGUUUCACUUUUAUGUCCAAACAGAAGACACUGCGCACGGACACUAACCACAGCAACUACAGGCGAGACUUUCUACACAAACCGAGCCCUUCGUUAUUUCUUUCUUCGUAGUAUGUCUGCACUUCGAAAGAAAUUUGGGGACGAUUAUCAGGUAGUGACCACCUCAUCCAGCGGGUCUGGAUUCAAUCAGCCUCCCCCGGAGAAAAAGAAGAAGAGGCAGCGCUUCGUGGACAAGAACGGGCGAUGCAACGUCCAGCAUGGGAACCUGGGUGGUGAAACCAGCAGAUACCUCUCAGACUUGUUCACAACACUGGUAGAUUUGAAAUGGCGCUGGAAUCUGUUUAUUUUCAUCCUCACCUACACCGUGGCGUGGCUCUUCAUGGCCUCCAUGUGGUGGUUCAUCGCCUACAUCAGAGGAGACCUCAACAAGGCGCACAACGACAAGUACACUCCGUGCGUGGCCAACGUCUACAACUUCCCCUCGGCCUUCCUGUUCUUCAUAGAGACCGAGGCCACGAUAGGAUACGGUUACAGAUACAUUACAGACAAAUGCCCCGAGGGGAUCAUUCUCUUUCUUUUUCAGUCGAUCCUCGGAUCGAUAGUCGACGCAUUUCUGAUCGGAUGCAUGUUCAUCAAGAUGUCUCAACCCAAGAAGAGGGCCGAGACGCUGAUGUUCAGUGAACACGCAGCGAUUUCCAUGCGAGAUGGGAAACUCACUCUCAUGUUCAGGGUGGGCAACUUGCGUAAUAGCCAUAUGGUGUCUGCACAGAUCCGCUGCAAACUGCUGAAAUCUCGCCAAACGCCCGAAGGCGAGUUUCUUCCUCUGGAUCAGUUGGAGCUGGACGUUGGUUUCAGCACUGGGGCAGACCAGCUCUUCCUCGUCUCUCCGCUGACGAUUUGCCAUGUCAUUGACACCAAAAGCCCCUUCUACGAGCUCUCGCAGAGGUCCAUGCAAACAGAGCAGUUUGAGAUUGUGGUGAUUCUAGAAGGGAUCGUAGAGACCACAGGGAUGACCUGCCAAGCAAGGACAUCAUACACCGAGGACGAGGUUCUGUGGGGACACCGGUUCUUCCCUGUCAUCUCCUUGGAGGAGGGCUUCUUCAAGGUGGACUACUCUCAGUUUCAUGCCACGUUUGAGGUGCCCACUCCUCCUUACAGUGUGAAAGAGCAGGAAGAGGCUCUGCUCCUCUCCUCGCCCCUCAUGGCUCCGUCUCUGUGCAACAGCGGGGAGAAGAACAGCUCCCUGGACUGCCUGGAGACCCUGGAGGACAAUGACAGCACCAGCAAGCUGCCUACCAAGCUCCAGAAGAUCACCGGGCGGGACGGCCUGCCCAAGAAGCUGCUGAGGAUGAGCUCAACCACCUCAGAGAUGACUUACAGCUUUGGGGACCUGCCCAUGAAGUUGCAACGUAUCAGCUCUGUUCCUGGGGUCUCUGAGGAUAAACAGGCAGGUAAGGCCUGUAAGAGCAUGGAGCCCAUCAGCAAGUCAGUGGCGGACUUACCGCCAAAGCUGCAGCGACUGGCUGGGGGAGGAGGGGGCAGGAUGGAUGGACACUUACCUCCUAAACUUAGGAAGAUGAAUUCUGAUCGCUUUACAUAAAGGAGCCAACAACCUCCUUUCCCCUUCUCCAAACCUGAAAUCCUUGUACUAUUUAUUUAAAGACGAUUUUCUUAUAUUAAAGGAGAUGUAGAAUACAUUCACCUGUACCUUAUAUAAGUUAGGGUGAUGGAAAUGAGCACAUCUGUCCCUGGAUGUAAGUGUUCAUUCCCUAAUGAAAGACCUCAGAUUUCCUUUUUCUUUCCUAUUUUUUUAAUUUCAGGAUGAUGUACAAUUAGCACAAUCUGGCAUGUAAGAAAUGGCGCAUGUAGAGUCGAAUCUCAGUUUUCUGGCAUGACAGUUUGUUCACUUUUAAUUUGACAAGAAGAAUUUUGUUAGUGAUUUUACAGACAGUGGAGAAGUUGCACAAAGCCAUAUGAUUUACAACAUAGCAAACCUGCAUUACACGGAUCUAAUUUGUCGUGAAGGAAGGCACAUUCUGUUUUGUUUUCAGUUGGUUGCUUUAGUUGUUUAAUGUAAAAUAGUGGCAAUGUUAUGUUGAUUGCAUGCUCCUCUUUCUGGCCUAGCUAUACAGAGGUAAUAGGAAAAAAAUACUAUGUUUAGCCUUAACUAUAUUACCUUGUUUCCAUUUUCAUGUUUGUUCACAGCUGUAUUUUUUGGUAUAAGAACUAUUUUACCAUUUUAUGACUUUUAUCCGAGGAUCCGAUUCAGAACGUGCUGCUAGAUGAUGCUUAUAUAUUUACAAAUGCGUUACUGGCGACAGUGGACCUGGGCACAAGUGAUUUCUACUUGCUUAAUAAUGUAACACUUAACUUGAAAUACUCUAUAGUAAUUGAUAAGCACAAAAACAAUCAUGACACGGAGCCCUACGAUGUUAGAAGGCAUUUACGAGCAUUUUGUCUCACCACUUUAUAAGAUGCAAUCUCCACUAGGCCAAACACUUCCUUAGACUUUGAACUCGGGUGUUACUGGUUAGAGUUGUGGACCUGUAAUGAAAAAUUCUCACCUUUGAUUUAAAGGCCCGUUAUACUCCUCUUUUGUGAUGAAAGCAAUAAUAAUAUAUCGACUACAAUCUAUAGCCACAAGGUCUACCAUAGCCCCAUGAUUGUUCUGUUUUCUGAAUUUGUGCCAUGCAAUCUGGUUUUCUCUAAAUGCAUCAAAGACAUUGUAUGAUAACCAACCUCUUCAGGAAUAAAGAUCUAACAUAACUGUU